GGAACCUCUGGGCGGACAGAGGCUGUUUAGCGAUCCUGUCCUGUAGUGUGUGUGUGUGUGUGUGUGUGUGGCAGAGUGGAAUUAGCAAUGGGGGAGACACAGGGAUUUCACACAAACUCCGCACUGCAAGGCAGAGACAUGGCGUACAGGAAGGUACGCGUUGGCCAUGGGGGGGCGCUGCAGGGUCAGGACCUGGAGGAGCUGCAGCCCACCGUGGAGCUGGAGUGGGACAUGGAGAAGGAGCUGGAGGAGCCAGGAAUGGACCGGUUCCAGCUGGAGGACGGGGAGCAGCGCUCGGGGAACCCGCCCGUCUCCGUGGCUGUGGACCUGGACCCCCCCGAGCCCUCCACCUCCCCGCGCGGGCGCUUCGAGCGGCUGCAGGAGGACCCGGACUACGACUCCCACUUCACCCGCCCCCCCCCGAAGGCCGCGCGGCCCCCCGCCUGCCCGCUGGCCCGCUACGCCCUGCUGGGGUCCGGCCUCUUCAUCCUGGGCCUGGUCAUCGGCCGCUUCGCCCCGCGCCCCGCCCCUCCCACGCCCCCCCCGGCCCCCGACACCCACCUGCUCCAGAACAUCCUGCAGGACAUCAGCGCCCAGAACAUCCGGGCCACGGCCAGGGAUCUGAGUGCUGUUUCGCGGGAAGACGGGGGGUUGUCCCAGGCCAAGUUCCUCCUCCACCAUUGGACCGAGCUGGGGCUGACGGAUGUUCAGCUGACCAAUUACAGCGUUCUCCUCAGUGAGGCUGGCUCCUCCCCCAGCACCAUCACUGACCGGGCCAGCAGGAAGUGCUUUCUGCCGAACAGGAAGCCGUGUGAUGCGGGGACCCGUAGCCCCGCCUCCGAGGAUCAGCUGUCCUCUUUCGCUGCCUACUCUGCUGUGGGCUCACUGGAGGCUGAGGUGGUGGACGUUCAGUAUGGGACUGUGAAGGAUCUAAUCCGAGCAAACACAAUGACCAACGCCAGCAAGAGAAUCGCGCUAGUGAAGCUGGGACAGGCUCCCUUUCUGUACACGCUCUCUCUCCUCUCUCAGGCCGGGUUUUUGGGGGUGCUGCCGUACGUUGACCCCUGUGACCUCACGGAGCGCCCCGGCGUGGGGGACGAGGCCUUUGGCAUCAGCCUGAACCCCGGAGGGGACCCCUCGACCCCGGGGUACCCCAGUAUCGCCGGAAGUUUCCGUGAAUAUCGGCCCAACCUGACCUCCCUGCUGGUCCAGCCCAUCUCUGCGUCUCUGGCCAAUGAGCUGCUGUCCUCACCCCCCAGGGAGGGGGGGGCCUGCGGGGCUCUCCCUGCACCUGCCAAUACAGAGAGAAAGACCGUUGUCCUCUCCAUUGGAACGCGAGCUGCAUACAGAACAGUCUACAAUGUGGUUGGGUUCCUAAAAGGAGCCACCAAUCCAGAUCGGUACGUGCUGGUGGGCGGUCGCCAUGACGGCUGGCGCCAUGGAGACGGGGCGGAGUGGAGCGGGGGCCUCGGCAUCAUGACCCAGAUCAUCGGAGCGCUGGCCGGCCGCGCCCGGAAGGGCUGGCAGCCCGACCGCACCGCCGUGUUCUGCUCCUGGGGCGGGUCCGCCUUCGGCAACAUCGGCUCCGUCGAGUGGGGGGAGGAGAACGGGGUGGUGCUCCAGAGCCGGGCUGUGGCCUACGUCAGUCUGCACCGUCCAAUCAGGAGCAGGGGCCCCCUGCGCCCCACCGCCUCCCCCUCCCUGCUACAGCUGGCCUCUGACAUCCACAAGAAGCUGCUCUUGAGCUGCUCCCGGGGCGGGUGCUCAGGCUGGAACGUCUCCUCAGUGCAGACCUCUGGAGACUCGCUCUUCUUCGCCAGCCGCCUGGCCGUCCCCACGCUGGAGUUUGCGUUUCCUGAGACCCGACCCGGAGAGAAAACAAGCUUUCUGUCAGAGGCCUUUCUACCUGCUAACUCCUCAGCUGUGGAGGUUAUGGAUCCCUCGUUCAAACUCCACGAGACCAUUGCAAAGAUGACGGCGGAGGCCAUUUUCAGGCUUGCCACCGACCCGGUCCUGCCCUUCCUGCCCCUGGACAUCGCCCUGGACGUGCAGAACAAGCUCAAAGAUGACAGGCUGGGCCCGCGGGAGCUGGCGGAGCAGGCCUCUGCUCUGCGCGACAGCGCCACCUUCCUGCAGUCAGAGAUGAUGCGCCCGGCCAACGACCCCAUGGAGAGAGACCCCCCCCACCUGCGCAUGCUCAACGACCUGCUGCGAGACCUGGAGAAGAGCUUCACCAUCCCCCACGCCCCCCCGGGGGUCUACAGGAACCUGUUAUACUCCCUGAGCGAGCGUGCGGCUCAGUUCUCCAUCCUGAGAGACGCUGGAGAGGCGGGGACGCCCGGCGCCCUGAACUCCUCCCUGACGCUGGUGCUGAGUGCCAUCAGCUCCGCCCGCGCCCUCGUCAGGAGCGGCCUGGACCUGUUCGAGAACGACCCCAACCGCUCCGACUGA